AAAAGGGGUAACUAUGCGGGGGGUACGGUACGGUAACGCGUAGCACCAAAGUAUCUCUUUGGUAUCGGGGUAGUGUACGAGAUGCGAUGGGUCACGCACGCCUAUAUGCAUGUGUCGAAAACUGACCCUGCAAAGUUGUGGACUUUAAUUUCAUGAACAAUUUCAAGAAGUAAGUUUGAAGACUGAGUUCAUUGAAUUGUUGUUUAGCGUAAAGAACAUAUGAAGUGUGUUUUGGCGAGUGGUUUCGUAUUAUUACUCUACAUCAUAGUCUGACAGACUUAUACGAGAUAUAGCUCCGGUUCACCGUCAAUAUGUUACAUCAACAGCUUCCGUAGCAACCGAGGGUCUUUCUCUCUACACCAAGCUUCGCUUCAGGAGCGCACCUGAUCCAUCGCUCUGCUGCCUGCCUGGAGGCGCGGCGGCCGUACAGGCCUCGUCUACUAGCUAGCAGCUCAUCGAUCGAGCGAAUCCUACGGCCACGGACGGUCAGAUCAGGGUGAAUCUCAUUGGAUGUUUGAAUAGAGGAGUAUGAAGAAGCCGCUACCAUGUCUGAGAAGAGACUAUCAGUAGUACCUCCUGAUGUAACACUGGAGGAUUUGGAGGAUUAUCUGGCAGUAGAUGAUCUCUUCAUUGAUUAUUUCAAUGCCUUCUUGCAGCUGUCGACAUUCUCCAAACCUGUCUACUUCAACAAGGAGUAUGGUGGCUUUGAAGUGGUCAAUGAUGACAAGCAAAGCCUUAAGCAACGUCUGCGUGACUUGGUGCGCUCUCAGCAGAAGCCUAAUCCUAUCUACAAGGCAGCUGUUGCUGUGGCGAUGGCCAAGAAGCCUCCUAAGAUGCCUUGGCACUAUGCUGAAGAGAUGGAAGAGCCAGAUAUCAAAACCAGCUUUAAAGUACAGUGUCUGAACAAGGAGCAAGGCAUUCAGUGGAUAAAGGCUGAGAGACUACCCACAUUCUUACAGAGCGACUGUUUUAUUGAGUACAGACUGGCCAAGCUCAUCUCACAAACAGAGAUUGCCGACAAGGUAUCUGAUACUCCAUUAAAGCUUUUCAUUGAUCCAGAAUAUGAACCAUUUGCGAUUGAAAGACCACCUGUGAUUGAACCGCCUGAGGUUGAUGAACAAGCCAUAGCCAUACGAGACUUAUUUGUUUGCAUGGGUGAAGCCUCAACUACGCAAACUCAAGAGUGGUUCACUACCGUCAAGAUGUCAGCUACCACAUCCACAACAAACUCAGUAGGCAAUAGACCGGCUAGUGCAGUUGGAGCUCUCGGAACCUCAAACAAAGAAACAUUGUUUGACAAUCCAGUAGGCAAUAGACCGGCUAGUGCAGUUGGAGCACUAGGAACCUCACGACCUGGUAGUGUUGCUCUGACCUUAGACAGUGGCUUUGCCAGCCCUUCAAGAUUGGAUGGCUUAAAUACAUCGCUCAGCAAUCAGGACCUGAGUAUGGAUAUGCUCAGUGAUCUACCAAACAAAGAAACAUUGUUUGAGAAUCCUUUAAAGCUGCGUGAAUGGCGGGCACCAAUCGGUGACAAUGUGUGUGUGGUGACCGCCGACAUCGAAAAGAAAGGACAUGGUGGGGCGUACUAUCUGGAUAUCAACAAACCAGAAAUGGUAGAAGAAGAAGAUGAUGACGAGGCUUCGGUAGAAAGUGAUGAGAGUGGUUGUGACAGUCAGCCGCUUGAGAAGAGAGAAUCUCUUGAUUUAACUGAGAUUGAAAACAAGACUGAGUCUGAGACACAAGAGAAAGAAUUGGUUGCGUCUACCCCAACCCCGAGGGUUAUCAAGAUAAGGAAUAUAAGUGAUAUUGCUAGUGUUGUCGUGUCCAUCUCACUAAAGAAGGCAAUAUUAGUUGCAACUGAAACAUCCAAGGAGGACAUUGAUAAGUUUCUAGAUGACAAAGUGCUGAAGGUUGAAGGGGUUAAAAUGGCCGACCUGACUGCAAAGUGGGAGGAUCAACUAGAGUAUGCACUACCAUCAAGUCUAGUCACUCCCAAGAAUAUCACACUGCAGGUUCCUGAUGAAGUUGAGCGUUCCAUUAGUCGACUGUCUACCACACUGUCUGAAUGUAAAGCUGACACAGUGGGGGAUGCAGAUUCUCUCUUUGACAGUGAUCAAGAAGCAGAAGAAGAAGAGGAAAGCCGGGAUAUCUUCUUCAACAAACCCAAACAAACCUUUGACUUGACCAGUAAGAAGGGUAUAGAUGCCUUCAAGAAGUUUCUUUGGGGCUCAGAAGGAGAAAAGUGCUGGAAUUUAUGGUUAGACAUUGACCGGGGAACCAUGAUUGAUGAGCAGGAGGUGUGCAAAGUGUUUCUAUCGCAUCUUAGAGACAAGUACAUCAAGACUGGAGGCGAAUGUGAGCUGUCCUCUGCCAUCAGAGAAAGACUGGGUCUUAAAAAGCCUUCAAUUUGGACAUCGAUGGAACAACUUGCUCGGCUCAAAACAAAUAUUAUUAAACCUCUGCUCCUUUAUUGGGCGCCAUGUUUCCUGAUGCGAGAGACCUACCAGCAGAACCAGUCAAGCAACUACCUUUACAUCCGACAGCAGCUUCUUACCCAACGAGACACUGCAACCCAUCCAGAUCCUCCAACAGUCACAUUACUUCCCCUUCGCCCUAAGACAUGCUGCCCCAGACUUCGCUCAUAUUCGGCUGAUUCUGAGCCCGUCGAAGUUCAUGUAAAUCAACACAUGAUGAAUCCACCAGCAUCACCAUCAUGCUCAGACGUUAGACCGUCCAGUAGCCCUCAGGGAUCAGGAAACAGAGCAAACAGUAGACAUGAUAGGAGCCAAACCCUACCUAUCAUACCCCUCACAAGUGCUUUGACAACUAUCUCCCCUAAACAAGCCGUACCGCUUGGUAAGGCAUCCGUUACCAGUAUCCCUACCAAGAAGAGAGUGGAAGUGAUCAACUAUGGCUCUCCAGCAGGACCUGGUCUCAUUAGCAGAGUCAAACCUGUUCCUCCAAAGUCUGCUCCUCCAUCGUCCAUAAUGACAAGAAGGAAACGACUUGAGAUCGAGCCAACGGUAAAGGAUGAAGAGAAGGAGCUAGCGAUACAAGAAGGGACGGAAGAUGAAGAGCGUGUUGAUGAUGAUGAUGUGAAGAGUGAUGCAUCAGAGGGCCAAGGAGACAGAGGAUCUCAAUGCAGUAAUAAUUCACAACACUCGCCGCCAUGUCAGUCCGAGAAAGGAUCCCGCCCAUGUUCUGCUACGAGCAGUGUGGUUUCCAAUGAUACAGAGUUCCGUGGAGGAGUUCAGAUGGAAGGCCUACUCAAGGAUCUCUAUCAGGAGAAAAGAACCGGUGGCUUUAUUAGAACCUUCCUAGAGAAGAGAGAAGAUGAGGUAGCUGUAAACUGUUUGGGCUGCUGGCAUGAGCUUCAGGAUUACCAUGCUCUUUUCUACACAGAUGUCUUUAACCCUUAUAAUGUCACAAGGAAAGCUAAGACAAUCCAGUCCAAGUAUGUGGUUGAGACAUGCUUCUUUGAGGUGAGGUGCCCUCCAGUGAUCAGGUACCAAGUAUUCCGUCAGAUCAACCCUCCGUAUGAAGACCUGUUUGAUGGACUAGAAGAACACAUCUUAGCCACAUUGCUCAUCCCAUGGCUGGACAUGAAAGAGAAUGACCGUUCACUUUCAAAUAAGAUUGAGCUUCUUGAAGAAGAGAGGCAAUUGGACAACAUAAAAUCCAAGCAUCUACAGAAACUGCAGCGCAGACUCAUGAGAGAGCGUAUUGCAACACCAGACUUUACGAUGGAAGGAGAGGACGAAGAGACUAAGAGAGAAGUCUACUAUGAGACACUUGCAGAGAAAGUCCCAGCAGAAUUCAGAGAUUAUGACUUUGACAAACUUAUCCGCAAUCGAAUGGAAGUAGAGCAAUUCAGAAAAUUCCUAGAGGAGAACUAUGCGUUGAAGGAUCUGAUGUGCUGGCUUGACAUCGAGUCAUUCCGUCGUACUCCACACCUGGACACCAAGAAGCGAGAUACAAAGGCCACUGAGAUCAAGACCAAGUACCUCAACAAAAAGUACUUCUUUGGUCCAAACAGUCCUGCAACCAGAAUGCAACAGCAUGAGGCAAUGAUGGCAGGAGGAGGGUGGGGUAAACUGCUUCAAGAUCGCCCCCCUAAUCAGAUAAUGGUGGAGGCUCAGAAGUAUGUGAGGGAGCGUCUAGCUCGUAAAUGGCUCCCUCUAUUUAUCAUGACGGAGACGUUCCAAGACAGACAGCGCCCUCAUAUCAGACUGGAAGACGUGGUGGAUGAUGUCAUGGCUAAUAAACGCAAGAGAUACAUGGCUAUAUACAAGCUACUGGAGAGUCGCUUUGUGUCAUCCUCUCAUGAGAUCAUUGCAUUACGCCAAGCUUUAGUCAACCCCAUCACAUGCCAACAUUUCAGAAAGUACGUCAGCCUCAAAGGAGAAAACCUGGAGAAUGACGUUCUCUUCUGGAUCGAGGUCCAAAAGUUCAAGGAGAUGUACCAUGUGCAUAGUGAAGAGGUCCUAAUACACCAGAAGAUUCAAGCCAUCUUACGAUGUUUUAUCAACUCUGAGAUGGGAUCCAGUCUACAGAUUGAUAUCACUCCAGAACAAGCAGAGAAGAUCCUUGAUAAGCGUAUGAGGGAAAUGGGACCUUAUGUCUUCAGAGAUGCUCAGUUGACAGUGUUCCGGGUACUUUCCAGUCACUGGAAAGAUUUUCAGAAAUAUAGAACCAGCCUCUCAGAAGAGAAAAUGCUAGAAGAACUUGAUAGAAAGCGGAGCAAAAUGAGAAAGAAGGAGUUGGAGAGAGCACGUAUUGAAGAUGAAAAAGACUUUGCCAAACAGAAUGCACCAAAGGAAGACGAGCACCUCUCUGCUAUAGCUAGCAGUCUGAAUUCAAGACGUAUGUCAACCCGUCUCUCUAGCAUCAUACCAGGAUUCCUGGAAGAAGAGGAAGAAGAAGAAGAGGAGAAAGUACUCUGGAAGUAUUCUGACUACGUGCAAGGGAUUGAGAGGGAGAAGCAGCUACUCAAUGGUGAUGAUAGAGCCUCAAGUCUUAUGUCAGCUAUUGAAUGCUUAGCUGAAGAUCAAUACUUGGCGCACUCGGAGAAAGCUGCUAAGAAUUGCCUGAAUGAAUCUGAAAAACACGGAAAGGGAAAGCUCAAAUCUAACAUGAAAGAAGUGAAAGGUAGACGUAGCCCUGCUUCCAGCAUCAGAUCAGACCAGCCAUUGCUUAGCAGCUCAGCAGGCCAAGCUGAUCCCAAGUAUGGUGUCAAGAAACGUGUCACACUCGUUGAGCCAGUUAAACCAGCUCAUCUCAGAGGAGGAUUGAAGAAUGCUGUAGGCCCCAAUGGUGACAUGGGGUCAAAGGUCAGAGGUCAAGGUAGGCCAAAAUCACCCGGUCAGGUCUUACAACCUGUAAAGCCAAAGAAGAAGUGAAGUCAAGAUGAAUAACAGUAUUAUUAGGAGUAUAUGUUAUCAGUUCACCAGAAAAGCUGGUCAAAGGUCUUCAAUUUUUGUUGUUGUUAGUGUUUCAAGUUUCAAGUUUCAAGUUGUUUUAUCUUUCUUUCUUUCAUAACACACAUUACAAAUAUGACAUGAAUAGUGAACAGAAUAUGGCGUUACAAAUAGAAAGAUGAGGUGACCUUGGUUGAAAGCAAGGCUUGUGGAUUUAAGGUCCCUCAUGAGUAGCUUAUGAGUCGGUAACGAUCGUAGAAAUGCUGUCUGAUGGAAAUCUCUGAUAUCAAAUCUAUCUUCUUACCAUUAUUUUUCUAAAGUUCAGACUGAAAACGCCUUGAAUUAUGCAUUAUUUCUAAUAACGCCAUCUUUUCUCACUCCUGAUAUUUGUUUUCAUUGAUGGAAGGAAGGUAUGGCGGCAAACUCAAGUGCCUGCUCGCCUGUGUGCUCACUACUCUUGUUUAUCUUUGAGGCUGAUUUACUCUGAGAAUAAUUCUCUCUUCAUCUUUUUUUAUAUUUUCUCAAGAAUUACCCAUGAAUGUAUAUACACUUAUAUUAGUCUAAAGCUUAUUAGAAACAGAAUUCACUUUCUGGUGAACUGAUAUGUCUAUGCUUUGAAGAGUUAUGUCACAACAGAACAUCAUAUAUAUAGAGAGAGAGAGAGAGAGGGAGAGGGGGUGGGCAGGAGAGAUUUAAACAUAACAGGCAGUGAGAGAUAUAGCCUGGCCCAGAGGAGAAGGGCAAUGAGCUGUGAAGGAAACACAGUUUUGCCUACAUUACAGGAUAAUACAUUUAUAGUUUAUGGAUAAUCAUGUACUAGCAAUAUCAAAGUCAUGCAGCUGGUUAGGAAACACAACAGGUUUUUAUACAAUUACUUCCACUAAGCUUUCUUAUCAUGAACACAUGUGGAAUAUGCAAUGAAAUUGGCUGAAUUUUUAUAUAUAAUAUUUUUGUACAUAUAUUUGUUUGAGAGGAUGUAAAGUAUAUUUUCAAAGCCUUUUGAAUGAAGUAUGUCAUUGUGCUUUAAGAUCUUCCUAAAGAAUUGUUGUUUGUGCUUAUUUGAUGAAAAAUUGCUUGUAAGUCACCUUAUCAAAUCAAUUUUCAAUAAUCAAAGAUUAUCCAGUAUUUAAGAUUUAAAGGAAAUGUCAAAAAUGUUAUCUGAUCAGAAGCAGAGUUUAAGCAAAAUCAGAUAUAAGAUAAGACUGUUAUGAUGAUUAGAAUGACAAGAUCCCUACAGUUAUGAGAUCGCUAAUGGUGCGUAAAUUAUGAUGGGAGAACUCUCUAUUUUUCUAUACACAAAAUAAAAGUACUUUUCCCUUUUUUUCACACGCUUUGAGCAGAUUGAUUAAUGUGUGUCAUAAAAAUGUCUCUUUGUUUAUGAAAAUCAGGAAAAAGUGUACGUUAAUGAAUAUGACAUGGAAAUGGUAGAGUUUGUGUGUAGGAUCACACAUCAUGGCUGCAUUGCCUGUGGGGAAUUCCCUCUUAUUGCUGCUUUCAUUUUGUAUUCACAGAUAAAAUAAGGAAAGAGAGAUUUUGGUGUGUACACAUGUACUUUUUAUGGUUUACAUGCAUAAGAAAAAUGACCAUGUGAGAGCUGUCAAAAUAUCACCUAUGAACAUAAUUUAUUUUUACUUGCGCAAUGAACACUUUUUACUACUCGAUUCUAAAACCGUUUGGGACCUCUUUUUUGGAGGCUCACACAUUGCAGCACGGUAGGCCUACA